AAAGUUUACUGGAGCGGACGGAGGCUGAUCCACACGCUCGGUGCUGUAACUUCCACUUCCCCGUUAAUGUUGCUCUGACACUCACGGUGCGGGAUCAUGUCUCUGAGUGCACAGAGUCUACAGUUUUUCCCGGUGACCGCGCGUGUGUCGGUGCUCCGGGCGCGAGGCCUUCGGAUCAAAGGGAAAGACGGCACUAAUGACGCGUACGCGGCGCUGCAGGCUGGGCGCGAGGCGUUCCGCACGCCGGUGUCGGAGAAGCGCGCGGAGCCGGUGUGGGGCGGGGAUGACGCCGCGUUCAUCUUCAAUCUUCCGCCAGCGGCGGAGGGAGACGGUGUCCCGCUGCAGGUGCGCGUGCUGCACCGAGUCCCGCUCGGAGCGGACAAACUGCUCGGACUCGCCGUCAUCAAUGUGCACGAGCUCCGGCAGAACGGCGCGCGCGAGAACCAGCAGUGGUUUAAGCUGUUAAAUAAGACAGGAAAGGCUGAUAAGGAGCGAGGUGAGGUUCUGCUGGACAUUCAGUUCCUGAAGAGCAGCAUGAGCGUCAGCAUGAUCGACCUCUCCGACAAAUCCCACUCGCGCCUUGGAAAAAUCAAGGACAAAAUCCGAGGCAAAAAGAAAGACGGCCUGAGCGACUCGGCUUCUGCCAUUUUGCCUUCGGUCACUCAGGUGCUGACGGACAGUGAGGGAGAGAUGGACGGAGAGACGGAGGGAGAGCCGACAAAAAAAAAGAAGAACAAACUCAAAUCUCUUUUCGUCCCUAAAUCCAACAUGAAGCGUAACUCUCUGUCUCAGUCCAUGUCCUCGUUAGGCACACUUCCUGAUAAAAACUCAUCUAUUAGCUCGAGCACAUCCUCUGGCCUCAAUGUGGACUCAGAAGGGAAGAAAAAGAAGAAAUUUACCUUUUUAACACACAAGCGGAACAGUAGCUCAGACAGCAAGGCAUCCAAUCAAAGUGACUUCACACUUGGCUCAACCAAUCAGAAUUCUCCAUCACAGGUUGAUAUUAGUGUAAAUGGCAGCUAUGUUUACAGAGAAGAACCCCAAAGUGAAAAAGUGCAAGAGUUGGAGGAGGAGGAUGAGGAAGAAGAGGAGAGGUGGAGGAGAGAGGAAGAAGAGCAAGAACAACUGGAGGAAGAGAGAAGGCGGGAAGCCGAAGAGGGGAGAAAAAGAAAGGAGAAAGAAGAGCAGAUGAGAAAGGAAGAGGAAAAAAAAGAAUGGAUAAGAAGAGAGAGAGAGAAAGAGGAGCAGAUGAAAAGAAUGGAAGAGGAAAAAAGGGAAAGGAUAAGGGAGGAGAGAGAAAUGGAAGAACAAAGAAGAAAGAUGGAGGAGGAAAAAGAAAGAAUAAGGAUGGAAAGAGAAAGAAUAAGGAUGGAAAGAGAGGAGGAGGAAGAAGAAGAAAGGAGAAGAGUGGAGGAAGAUGAAAAAGAAAGAAUAAGAAUGGAGAGAGAAAUCAAAGAACAAAGAAGAAGGAUUGAGGAGGAAGAAAAAGAAAGAAUAAGGAUUGAACAAGAGAAAGAAGAACAACAGAGAAGGAUGGAGUUGGAAGAAAAUGAGAGGAUACGGAUGGAGAGAGAGAGGGGAGAACAAAGAAGAAUGAGGGAAGAGGAAGAAAAGGAAAGGAUGAGGAUGCAGAGAGAGAAUGAAGAACAACAGAGAAGGAUGGAGGAGGAAGAACAAGAGAAAAGGAGGACAGAGAAAGAGGAGCAGAGGAGAAAGUUUGAGGAGGAAGAAAGAAUGAGGAUAAAGAGAGAGAAUGAAGAACAGAUAAGAAAGUUGGAAGAGAAAAGAAAAGAAAGGGAGGCAGAAGAACUGAGGUUAAAGAUGGAGGAAGAGAGUAAUAGAAAGAAGGAGGAUGAAGAAAAGAAGAAGAGGACUGCUGAGGAGGAAAGGAAGAAGGAAGAAAAAAUAAGAGCGGAAAGAGAGGAGGAAGAGAAACGGAAGAAGAUUGAAAUGGAGAGAAGGUUGGCAGAUGAGAAGAAAGCUAAGGAGGAAGAAGAGAGAAGAAUCGCAGAAGGGAAGGAGAAACAACGUAAAGAAGAAGAACGAGUUAGAGCAGAAAAAGAGCAGAAGAGGGAAGAAACGGAGAAAAAGAGAAAAGAAGAAGAGCAGAGAAGGAAUAAGGAGGAACAGACAAAGAAAGAAAAACAGAUGAGAGAAGAGAAAGAGAGAUUGAAAAAAGAGGAAAAUCUUUUCGAAGAAAGCGUUAUCCCUCAGUCUACUGACUUCACUCGUUCAGCCAGGAUCUCCAACGUCAAACCGAGCAUGACCGUUUCUGCAACAGUUUCUUCACCGACUACGGCGAACACCAAUCCCUUUUUGGAUGACAAUUGGGAUGUUGGCAUUUCAGAAAACCUCCUCAGUGUUGAAGAGACAACUGUAAAAAAAGGACGUGCACCGUUACCUCCACAGUUGAUGGGGACAGGCGUUUCCUCCAAAGAUGUUCCAAAGCAGCAUUCCUAUUUAAAAGAAGUAUCAAAACGUCCAGCACCUCAACCACCAGAUAUAGUGAAGAUGACCAGAGAAGUGACAGUUAAGGAAAACACAGAUCAAGCAGGCCUUGGUCAAGGAGCAAAGAAAACUCCCGAGAGACAUCAUGAAAGCAAAGUUUUGUCAGUCUCUCAAGAUGACCCACAAGUUGAUACAAAUCCUUUCAGAUGUGAUGAGCCACAGGCUGUAAAACCCAACAAAAGACCAGCACCAAAACCAAGAAGUGGGAUUUCUGUACCUGAGGAUAAGCCAACUAAUGUUGGUAAGAAACUAACAGAAGAUAACAUUCAUCUUGAAGAAAAAGCAAGUGCUUCUAAUAGUAAAGGUAGUCCACCAAAGAGGAAACUGUUGAGAGCACCGAAUGAUAUUGCAGAUUUAGAUGUCAUAGCUGAUCUUGCUGAUGAUCUGUCAAGAAAAGAACAAAAUCUGGAGAACAUAUUUCAACCAGGCUCUAACAAACUUAAUUCUUCUUCAUGUGUCAAAUGGGAUUUAGGUCCCGAACCUCUGAUUAGCAGGACUGAUGGACUGCCAAGCAUGGAAAGUUCCCAGAAGAAGUCUAAUGCUGCACCUCUUCCUCCAACUAAACCCAAACGAACUGGAGAUCCAAGCGCACCACUCCAGCAGCCAUCUCUUCCAAACAAGACUAACCUUGGGCAAGCCAAAGAGAACCAUAGUAAUAAGAGAGGCCAAAAUAAUGCAUCGGUUUCCAGUGUUGAAAUUCCUGCAGUCAGGACUCCUUCACCUUCCACAGAUUUAUUUUCAAUAUUCAAUCCACUUGCUGAGAAAUCUCAGGUCAUAAAACCAGUGGAGACUGGUUCUGGGUCUAAGACUUUGCCAUGGGCUAAAGUGGUACCCAGUGAUGCAGGUGAAGUAAGGGAACGAGUUGCUCCUACUUCAGUAAGCAGGCAACAUGCUGUGAAACCCCUGAGCGCUGCAGAGAAUAUGUCGGAAACGUUCGAUUUUCGAGUAACUGAGAACACACAGCCCAAAACAAAGACUGCAGAAGCAGCGCCGAAAGGGCCAUAUUCCCAGUUGACACACACCGAGCUGGUCUCGAUGGCUUUGCGGCAGCAGGAACAGAUUUCACAUCGUGAUGCCAGGAUCCAGGAGCUGGAACAAUACAUCGAUAACCUGCUGGUGCGUGUGAUGGAGGAAAAACCAAGCAUUCUGAUGUCCAUGAACACAAUGAAGAAAUUUAUCUGAGCACUAACAGCAGCAGGGGGUGGCGAUGAAAACAUUCAGAGAGUGAAUUAGUGCUUAAAUACUGACUUUCAGGAAGGUGAACCCUGACAAUGCUGAGCCAGACGUUUAGUAUCGCACUCCGUGCAGUGCAAAGUCUGAGUGUUAAAGUCUUUAUAACGGAAAUAAACACAUAAACGGGGGGUUCAUCCCCCCCUCACUUUUAUCAACCUCUGCUCUUACUACAUAUCACGGGACAGAAUUAAAUGUGUGUAACAUUGUCUUCUCUGCUGUUUCCUGUUUUUUCAAAGCUCAGGCUUUGUUCACUGAUGGACAGGGAAAAAAAUGACUUUUAUAUACCUACUGUGUUUAAUAGUUCCCUUUUUUGCGAAACGAAGAAAAGGUCACACCUAAAACACAAAGUAUAUUGCCUUAUUCAAGAUAUUGUGUAAUUUGCUGUAUUGCAAUAUGAGUGCAAUACUGUAAGUGUCCCUAAAGCACUUUAAUCAGAUACAUUUUCUCCUUUUGAAAAUCUGUAAAUAUAAAUGAUUAUUUGUACUUGAACAGUUGGUGUUUAUCUUCUAUUCUGAAAUUAAAUCACUUUGCAAUACAA